AUGGAAGGGAAGCCAAAAACAGUAGUUUUGGUUGGACGAACAGGUCACGGGAAAAGUGCAACCUGCAAUUCUAUACUUGGAAGAAAAGCAUUCGAGUCAAAGUUUUGUGCCGGCGGUGUUACUACCAAGACUGAGCAGCAGUCAACUCCACUAGAGGAUGGCAGUAUUAUUAAUGUGAUUGAUACUCCCGGGUUAUUUGAUUUUCAUGGUAAUACUGAGUUUCUUGGAAAUGAAAUUGCCAAAUGCAUCAAUUUGGCAAAUGAUGGUCUCCAUGCUAUUGUUCUCGUCCUGUCAAUCCGGGGUCGAUUUUCAAAAGAAGAAGAAGCUGCUGUGCAAGCACUCAGUUCUUUUUUCGGCCCCAAAAUUCUUGGAUAUCUGAUUGUAAUUUUCACUGGUGGUGAUGAACUAGAAGCUGAUGAUCAAACCCUAGAUGAUUACUUGGGCGGUACAGAUUGCCCCAAACCCUUGCAGGAUACCCUGACACAAUGUGGGAACCGACAAAUACUCUUCAACAACAGAACAAAAAUAGAAGCCGAGAAAUCUAAACAACGGAAUCAAUUUCUUUCUCUAGUAAAUGAUGUUGUGAAAAACAAUGGUGGAAUACCCUACACUGAUCCACUAUUUAUCAAAAUGAAGGACAUAGAAAACCAGUUGAAGGAAGGCUCAAAAAAUGCAUCGGCUGAACAGAUGGAGGAGAUGAAAAAGGCAUAUGAAGAACAGCAAAAGAUAAUGAUCGCGUCGCGUUCCAGCGGUUUUAUAUCGUCUUUGAAGAUUUCUGCACCAUCGUUGAAAUAG